GAAGAGUAAGCUCAUCUGCCAGGCAUAUGAUGGAGCCAUCGUGAUGAGGGGUGCCACUGCAGGUACUCAGAGUAAGAUACAAGAUGUGUACCCAAAUGCCCACUAUAUCCACUGCUAUGCACAUCAGCUCAAUCUGAUAAUGCAACAGACCACUUCUCAUAUAGCCAAAGUGAGAUUUUUUUUUUCUGACCUUGGUGGAUUUGCCAGCUUUUUAUCCAGAUCACCCAAGCAUACAUGUGUUCUUGAUAAAGUAGUGGCCCAUAGACUACCAACAUCUAGCAAUGUCAGAUGGAUCUUUCACAGCCAUGCCAUCAAUACCAUGUUUGAGCACAGAGAGGACCUCAUCCGCUGUUUUGAAAGCGACCGAGAUUUGAGUAACUUUGACCCCAUUACUGUCAGAGAGGCAGGAGCCUUCGCCAUGCUGCUGGAGGAUCAGGAAUUUAAGUUCUUUCUGCAACUAUUCCACCACAUCAUGCCACAUGUGCACCUCCUCUAUGCCAAACUCCAGAAAAAGGACAUAGAUUCGGUCCAUAUCAAGGGGAGCAUCCAGCAGGACAUACAAAAGAUCAGGUAGUAGCUGUAUUCCUCGUCGUUGUUGUUGUGCUAAAUUCUCUUUCUCCUUUGCAGAAAUUCUCUCCAUUCCAUGGUUGACCAAAGCAGUGUAGGUGGUUCUCAGCCAGCAAAGAGGCAUCAGUCACUCAGUCCAGAGGUCCAUGAAAGGAUUGCAGCAGAGCCUUGCAGCCUAUGGGCUGUUUGUUUAGGGUGCUCAAACAGGGAGGAUAUCAUGGACCCGAAUGAGAAGAGGCCCAACAAGUGGUGGACUGAACCUGACACGUUUGCAAUGUUAGCUCUCAUAGAGCAGAUGGGUUUAGUCCAUGAGCUGGACAAGAAGCGUCAACGCAACGAAUCUCUUUUCCGUCAACUCCGGCUCAGUCUGGCCAAGCGGGGCAUCCACUUCACUGUCACCCAAAUCCGAAAUCGCUGGAAAAGCCUCAAACACAAGUACCGCAAAAUCAAACUGGCCAGCUACCGGAGUCCAGCUGCACGCCUCUCUGCUGUAGAAUCAUUCCGUUAUUUCCAUAUGUUGGAUCACAUGUUGGUGAGCAAACCAAAGGCAGCAAACCAGGAGGAGGACCUCACUGAUGGUCACAGCCCAGUUGAAUGGUCACUCGUGGACCUGAAUGACCACAAAGACAGUCCUUGGCCUGAAGGCAUAUUCCCUAAAUCUGAGCCUGAGAACAUUACUGCUAAACUGGAACCUGAUGUUGAUGAGAGUAUGAAUCCAGAAGAUUUGGCUAGCUCUGAGCCUCCGAGCUGGGCUGUAGGACCAGAUGAGGUCAUGACUCUGGGGUUGUCGGGAGAAUAUCUCUAUGCAGUGAAGACUGGACCGACAUCCCUUUGCAAUCCCAACAGCACAGAAAGUACAAGAGAGGCUGCAGUCUGCAGCCAAGAUGAUUUUCCAGGAAUGUCUGAGGAGACCAGCAGCCUCAUCCUCCAGCAGCUCACCAUUCUGAACCACCAGCUUGGAGAACAGCUGGCUGAGCAGAAAGCCUUCCAUUGCAGCAUGCUGGGAAUGAUGGAUCGCCAGAUACAAGUCCUGGAACAGCUCUCCAAUUUCACCAGGAACCACCAACCCAAACCUGAAUCCACUGAGGCGGAUUCCUCCAUUAGUCAGAAAGUCAAUGAAGCCAUGCUGCGCAUCCUGGAGGCUCAAACACAGACACUUCAGCCAUGCCCCCUGUUCCCCAUGCCCAAGACAGAACCUCCUCCUCCCCCUUGGAAGGUCUCACUCUUGGAAGUCCACAAGAGGUCAACACCCGUUGAGGGAGAGUCAGGCAGUGAGACUGAUACCUCUCAAACCAUGGAGGGGUACAAACACAGCCCUUCUAGCCCACAUUCUUUAGAGCCUUCAUCCUCAACCAAGGCUGCAAUUUUGCAGAAUGGAUUGUGUCAUCACAACUAAGUGCUUAUUUGAACAUAAUAAACAAGCCUUUUGUCCUUAGCGUGGUUUCACAUAUAGUACAUUUUAAGUGAACCAAACCCAGUUCAGGUUAAAGUGAACCAGAAAGGGAACCAGCUGCAAAUGACCUCAGUGAUUUUGGUGUUCACAAUGUAAGUGGACUUAAAAGAGGACCCAGUUUCUUUUUUUUUGGUCCUCUUCACAUUAAUGUGGUCUCAGACCACUUGUUGUUCACACCACGGUUUUCUUAAGAACUCAGACCCCAUUGCAGCUAGGGCUGUCACAAUUAUGAAAUCUGGCUGACAAUAAUCUUUCAUAAAUAAUUGCGAUUAUUAUGAUAAGCAAUUGUCAUACAAAUUGUCAUACUUCUUAAGGUUCACGAAUGCUUAUUACAGAUAGGCCUACACCUUUAAUAAUUUAGUGAUGUUUAACUUGAAAUCAUAUAAUAAAAUGGGGCUAUAUGAUUACUUUUAAUGCUUUAAAGAAUAUUUAAUUUUUCAUAAACAAUUAUUGCACAGGGAUAGAAUUACAUAAAAAGUAAUGUCUUAUGUUAUAUCAUUUAUGAAACCCAGACAACACCGCCAAUUAUAUUACAUUAUGCAAUAGUAAUAAUGUGUACUGUAUUUCUGUCCUAAAUUCUUCACUCUCUCACGUUAUGUUAAGGCUCUCCGAUAAAACCUACAAGCCCUUAUUUCGCAUUAAUUAAAACAUUUGAAAUUCUUUGUGCAUCUGAAAAUAUGUUUCUUUAUCAUGUCGAGCGUAAUGGAGCAAGCAAGCGUCUCCUCCUGCGUGUCAUUUUCAUUGUGUGUAUGAGCCAAGAACGUUUGCCAUAGCGCAAAUAAAAUUCAAAUGAAACUAUAAAAAUCCUCGCUUGUAUUUUCGUGGGAGUUUGAUGCAAACCUCCUUAGAUGGUAUGCCCAUCGGAGCACUUUAAAGCGGUUCAUUUUAACGCUCUGCUCUGAAUGCGGCCGGUCCAUUCAUUUUAGAGUGUACUCGCACUAGGCCCGGUUGCCUUUUACCAUGCCCAAGCACGAUUGUCCCCACUCCCCGCUGACCUGCACUUACAUUGCACUUAAUGUUCCGGGCCUGAGCAUGCUUACAUCAUUACGAUGAAGACAACAGGACGAAAAGCGCUCUCGCAGAGCACAAUGGAGUCCAUCAUUGUAACGUUACUUUGUGGCUUAUUUUGAGUCGUUUGGGGCACGGUGACGCACGACCCUCUUACAUGCCUAAUUGUCGACAGCAUGGUACCACUGGAAUUUAUCCUUGUCAUCCGACGAGCUGCCAGAUUUACGGAUUGCGUCCCGUACCUUCAGAUACUGAACCUGCAGUUUUUUCAGCUUGUCAAAUCAUUGCUCAAUGGUUCUUUGGUAUCCAUGAACACGAAUAUGGUCGCAAAUUUUACCAAAUAUCUCAGAGUUCUUGUGUAUUGUAUCCAGUUGUUCCUGUAUACUCUCGUCUGCCCAAAUUUCCAGUAAACACUGCACCUAUGCCGUAGACCAAAGUGAUCCCUUUGCCCAGUCGCAUCUUAGACGUCAUGUUUCGAGUUCCGUGCUCGGUCACGGUUAGUGAUCAAACUAGAUGCAUACUUUGCCUGAGCAAUCUGAACCAUGCCCGAGCCCACCUCUUCACCUGCUCAAACGAACUAGGUGUGAAAACGCCCUUAGACCCUGUUUACACCUGGUAUUAACAUCAAUCACAGGUCUGAUCACAAGGUGUGAAUGGGGCCGCAGAUGUUUCAGGAAGUUGUUUGCCUAAAGAUGCAAUAUCUGAAAAAUCUACAAAUAACACUUUUUAGUUUUCAUAAGAAAGUAUCUAGUUUUAAUCAGUGACACUUUUGAGAAAUAGAACAACAGACUCAUUGGUUUUAGCCCAUUUAUUUCAUUUUGAUUCGUUUGCUAACUAACAUUUGAUGUGAUUCUUAGAUUACAAGUAACCUAGAAUGGUGUUAAGAAAUUACACUAUCUAGAGGAAAAUAUUGGUCAUUGGUUACCAAGCUUAAAGUAAUAAAUUUGUGUGACAUUUAUGAAUUUCUGCUAAUUAGGUUCAGGCUAAACUUUAAGGCUGAUUUUAAUAAGAGAGUGUAUGUUCUCAUGAAUUCCAUCCUUUUAAUCUCAACUCAAAUGUAGUUUAGUAGAAACUUAUAAGUCUGUUCAUUUUUAAGAAUUGCUUGCCUCUUAAUAUAAAAUAAUAUUUCACUGACUUUUGGCAUAAUAUUAUUCAGAUUCUCUUCGUCUUUGAAACUUGGUAGACCAGGAAUAGUUGAAACACAGUGUUAGUUCCAACAGUCAUUACUAAAAUCUAAAUAUAAACAGUGAAUUUGUUGUAGAUUUUGUUUGAAAUAAUGCAUGCUGUUGGUGUUGUAGCCAGGGACUAAAAACGGUUCAAGGAAAGAAAACUGAAAACGAAUGGAAUUUUUAGCAGAACAUAAAUGAAAACCGGAACAAAGUGAUUUUUAUAACCAGUUAAUUUUGUUAUGAUAAUUUUUGAAUGAAACCAAAAGCCAAAGGGUUUAUCACAGUAGCGCCCCCUUGAAAAUGGGCAUGUAAGAGGGCUCUGUAGCACCCCUAUUUUCAACUGCAGUCACCAAAAUUGGUACAUAUAUAGUUCUCAUAAAGCUGAACAACUUAAUACACACAGUCAUUAGCUCUGCCUAACAGGAAGUUGGCCAUUUUGGAUUUUCUGAAAAUUGCAGGCUCUGAACUUUUAAAUACUCCUCCUAGGGGAUUCAUGUGACUGGCACAAACUUUGUGCAACAUCAUGCCAAGACAUUGUAGAUGCAAAAUUGCGAACAGAUUUUUGAUAUUUUGAAUGGUGUUGCCAUGGUGAAGCAAUACAUUUAUGGUGAAAAAUGGGAAACAGGAAGUGCCUUAUAUCUUCAGUGUGCAUUGUGUGAUUUUGAUGAAAACUCAGCUGUAUGUUUGGUAAAUAGGAGCUGAUCACAUGGAUGCGGCUAUUAUGGGACAUGGUCAUAGUGCCACCACAUGGUAGCACGAAGUAUGACACUUUAAACAGACUUUGAAAUAGCCCUCUUGUGUUUACAUGAAUUGCUUCAGAAUUCUUUAGAAUAAUGUCAAGACACUACUUAUGUAAAAUUGUAAAGGAAUAUUUGAUAUAUUAAAUAAUGUUGCCAUGGCAACACAUUAAUUGUUAUUCCUUUCUUCCUAUAUUGGUGUUUUUGAGGCAUUUGGGAUGCUUAAAAUUUCAUGAAAUUUUGCACACAUAUCAGAGUCGUUGGCCAUUAGGGCUGGGCAAAAAUUCACGCAUGGGCAUGUAGGGGGGACCUGUAGCACCCCCUUUAAAAUGGGCAUGUAAGACAGCCUCUGUAGCACCCUCAUUUUCACCUAUAGUCACCAAAAUGGGUGUAUAUAUAGUGCUCAUCAAGAUGGACAACUUUCAUAAUUAUAGUUAUUAGCUCCACCCAACAGUAAGUCUGCCAUUUUGGAUUGUUUGAAUAUUGCAGUCUCUGAACUUUUAAAUACUCCUCUUAAGGGAUUCAUGAGACUGUCACCACAUUUAGACAACAUUAUGCAAAGAUAUAGAAGAUGCUAAAUUGUGAACAUAUUUUUGAUAUAUUGAACGGUGUGGCCAUAGUGAGGCAUUAAAUUAAUGGGGGGGAAAAUGGAAAACAGGAAGUGUAGCAUAUCUUCUUUGUGCAAUGUAUGAUUUAGAUGAAAACUUAGAUGUAUAUUUAGACUUGGGGACUAAUCAUAUGGAUGUGACUAUUUUGGGUCAUGGUCAUAAUGCCACCACCUGGCAGCAGGAAGUGUGGCUCUUACAACAGACUUUAAAAUUGUCCUCUUAUAUUUACUCAAAUUGUUUAGAAAAAUGUCAAAUGCCAAAUGCAUGUAUCCACCUUACAUUGUUUUCUGAAAGCCACUGAAAUGAACUCGUGCUUGGGCCAUCAUCACUGCUUGCAGCUAUAUUUUUGAGCUCGUUAUUCCAGAUCAGGUUUCUUGUUUCUCUUGCGAGAUCUGUCAACACUGCAAUUGAUAUUUCACCCACCCCUUGGUGCAGAGUACUGUCUUUUUAAAAAGAAUGUUAUUAACCAUUCUUUUAUUUCAUUCUAACCGGUUACCAUUUGGAAAGAGGCUGCAGAACUUCUGAACCAGAAAGAAAAAAUAACAUUUUUGCUCAGAAAAAAACAAAAUGAAAACUUUUUGUUUUUAGUCCCUGGUUGUAGCAACAAACAGGGCUAGAACAAUUUAUACUGUCUGGUUUUGCUGGUGUUUCUUCCAAGUGAAAAGAAAAAGGUGGAAAAGGUUGAUUUAUUACAACCACUAAUUUUUGGAUGGGUAUAAAUAAAUUACCUAAUUUUUUAAGGUUUCUAUUUCAUCACUUCAGAUUUACAACUACUGUCUCAAUGCUUUGAAACCAUAUAUUUUUCUUCCAGAUAAAACAGAGCCUCUCAUAACUGAAAUAGUGGAACAAGGCUGUGAAGUAUAGGCUUAGUUUCUUUAAUGGCAUGCAUUGUAUUAAUUG